AAGAAAGCCCAUAGACUUAGUAAAUACUUUUUAUCAAUGAAUAUAGUAGUAAAGUAGACGGCUAGGGUUGUUCGAGCUCAAACUACAUAUGUCGUAUUUUAAAUCAACGUUACAUAUUUUUCAAUCAAUCUCUGUUUUCUCGGUGAUUCCAAUAAAGCCCAGCUAUUAAAAUCUGAAGUCCCAUACCUCAAAAAUGCUUGAGCAGAGUGCAAUGUUAUACAGACAUUGAUAAGAGACAACAAGAAUUUAUAGAAGAAAAGAUUUGAUUUAUUUUAUUAUAACUAACACUGGUAUAGCAAAAUAUAACGAACAAAGAUAACUUUCUGAAUUUCUCUUGCGUUGCCAAUUGACCUUUUAACUCUACCGCAGGAGUUGCUUUGUCCUUAACAUUAGAAAUCGAAUCCAAAUAUUGAAGAACAAACUACCACUUCCGUAUUUGAGGACCAAGAAAUUGGCCCUUGAGAUAUAUAUCUUUACCUUGUGUGAACAACUCACUACGACAUACUCCUAUGUAAUAUGUAUGAACAUUCUCACAAUUCCUAUAGAUCAAGAAUUAUAUCGUAUCUUGAACCCUCCUCUAGAAAGUAUAGUAAACGAUUGAUUCUUUGCCAAACAGAAAAUGGCCCUUGUCCUAUUAUUGCAAUCGUAAACUCGUUGGUCUUAAAAUCUAAUAAUGAAAGAUCGUUCUCUCUUCCAAACAAAAGACACAUUGCUUCAGAAGAAGUAAAUGAUUAUCUUAUUCAAUUUGCCAAAAGAUACGCUCUUUGUGAAGACUAUGAUGAACUUCAUGGUCGACUUUCUACUAUGCAUUUUGGUCAACAGUUAAAUCCUUCUAUUCUAGACAUUCAAAAAUUUGAUUAUGGUGAUGAAAUUUUCAAAGUAUUCGGCAUCCCAUUAGUCCAUGGCUGGUUAUUCUCUAGUGAAAUCAUGCCAGAUGACCCAUCGUCUCUCAAGUGUUUGCAAGAACUAGAGUAUUAUGAGAAGAUUGCAGAUACUUUUGCAGAGAGACGUUCUUUACUGGAAAUGCCAGAGAAGUUGACUUCUGAGCAGACAAGCUUUCUGGAAAACACUACGUUUGUCGAUGCAAUUAUGGAAGACAGGUUUACCAUGCAGUUUCUCACUUCAUCUGGUCUGCGAAAAAUACUCGAAUUAAUUCAUCCCGGGGAAAUAGUAGUAUUGUUUCGGUCGUGUCAUUUCAGUACUUUGUAUUCUAAUCCGGAAUCACUAAGUCUCUUCACGCUCGUCACUGACAGUGGAUAUGCCAGAACUGGAGAAGAUGUUGUAUGGGAAACGUUUGAUGACCAAGUAGUGGAAACUGGAACCGGAGAACUUUGUUCAGCAAAUUUUAUACCGGCUGCCCUCAUUCUUAACCAGAGAAAAGAAGAGCAUGAGCGUCGCGUUAAAGAGGAUGAACAUUACGCCAGAAGGUUAGCUCAAGGACAACAGCGACAGAGUCGUAGUGGGCAAAAUACAGGCUAUUCACAAACAGCGCAUCGCCCCAGAAACAAUAAGACACCAAAGAAGAAGCAGGAUGAACAGCAAUUAAAAAGCUGCAUUAUCUGUUAAAAGGUAUGGAAAUUAGCCAUGCUGUUUUAACGGACUUUCUGUUUCUCUUUUUAAAUUUACUUACGAAGUUCAUGUUCAUGUUAUGAUGUUUUCACUUUCUUUAGCUUUUAACGUUGAUUUUAUUAAUAAUACAUUUCUCACUAUUUUUUUGGUGUUCA